UCGUUUUACUCGACGCGAACGCUCGCAUCGGUGCCUCAAGAGGUUGUUAAAUUCCACGAUAGAUAAAUCAACAAAUCGAACUCUAAUGUUCCUAAUUUAGCCGGAUGGAGGUCAUAGAAACGAUUGUGAUACAGAGCGCUGAAGUGGAAGGAAAGGAAACGGUCGUGUCCAGUGUGGACGCCGAAAAAAGCAAAGGAGAAUUCAUCUGGACACUGCAAGCUACAUGGCACCUUGUCAACAUCAGACUAGAAAUGGAUCAAGCUUUCGACCAGCCAGUUUGCAAGAAAAAGAAACUUUGGGAGAUGGUGUCAGAGAAAGUGAACGUCAAACUACAAGAGUCAGAGGCCACUGACGUAUUGGUGAAGGCAUACGAGUGUGAUCUCAAGUGGAGAAACAUGCUUGCCACGUACAGGAAGAACGCAGAACGGGCCAAGCGGCUGGGUGUAGCAAGUGUCCAUUGGGAGUUCUUCAAGACCAUGCACGAGGUUCUGGGCAAGAGCAGGGAGGACAUCGAAGCCCAGCGCCGAGCCAAGCUCAGUGGGACAAAAGUGGGCAAGGCUAUAGCCAGUAAGAGGUUCACCCCAAUCCUCCCCACGCCUCCCGCAACAGCCACUCCCUGCCAGGCUCGUCCUCCACAGGACAUCCUGCAGCUUUACAUGGAGCUGCAGGAGAGGAAGAUGAACAUGUGGGCCCAGCAGAAAGCCCUGGAGGAGAGGAAGAUAGAGGCCAUCAACAACCUGGCACAGGCCAUCUCCAACCUGGCUCAGAAAAACAGCACACAGAUGGCAAAGGAUGGACAUCCGUCCUGAAGACAACUGCUUAGCAAAAACUUUUAUGACACUGGACAGAGAUACUGUAUGAGUAGAUUAGUGGUACAUGUUUUUAAAUCGUUUACUCAUACAGUUUAUAGAAUAGUUUAGAGAGUGUGCAUGUUGUGAUGCAGAGCACAACUUGUUACAGGAUCAAGUAAAGCACAUCACUAAACAACCUUAAUGUUCACUAAAUAACCCUGAGAUUGUACUUUUUUCCAAGUUCACCAACAUGAAUGUUACUGCAUGUUCCAGGUGGCAAAUUGUGUUUAGUUAAAUUAAUGAGCAGUUAAUUUAACUAAAUUAAGCUGUUACACACUGGCUGGGACCUGCAUGUCAAAUCUGAUGAAGAGGGGCAUGAGUAAUGAUAAUAAUACAUUACUACUCUUUCUUAAUUUUCCUUAUACACAUUAAAAUGCUAAUGUUAAGAGGCUGCUGCUUUCAUCACAACAUUGCCUAAAUAACUAGACAGUAUAUUUUUUUAACCACUAGAUGCAUCGUGUGAUUUGAUUGCAUAAGUAUGAUUAGCAACAAAAGGCCAAGAAAAUUACCAAAUCUAUAAUUUCAGAAUAAAGACCUGUAAUGGAAAAAAAAGUUAUUUGUAUCUUUCAUAGACCUUUAAUUCUACUUUCAUUACAAAUGUUAUGUAAAAAAUACAAAAUAAAUUCAAACAUCUGAAUCUGAGGCAAAACA